AUGCGAUACUUUCCCUCGAUCCAAAUACCGAUGAGUGACCUAGACGCUUUCAUUUAUGACGGUACCGUGCUGGACUAUCUUGUGGCUCAAGACGAAGACUGCCGACUCCUCACUGUUGGAUCCUGGUACGCUAAGACUGGAUACGGACUUGCAUUCACAAGGAACUCAAAGUAUUUGCCGAUGUUCAACAAAAGGCUUCUCGACUUCAGGGAAAAUGACCCUAAUGAAGACGCCAACAGGUAUCGAACCCAGACUACGUGCUCCACGAGCCUAGACGGUCAUUACAAGAAUUACGUUGGCCUCAAGAGCAGCGUUGCGACAGAUUGGGUACAAUUAGAGCGAACAGUCAGUUUGAGUUCUCGGUUGGCUAAGGUCGAAAUGACUAUUUAUGAGAGACACUCGCCUACACGACAGCUAUUAGGCGUUUCCCAACCAAAUGGUGAACAGUGUCGUCAGUAUUGCGAUCCCUUAAUUAUCCCUUGUACCCAACACAAGUACCAGUACCAUUACCCAGGUACCUUUCACCCUCCUCGGACAAUCAUCACCUGUUCUUUUGAACAUGUGGACCAAUUAUUUCAAAAUGGCCGAUUGGAACCAGUAGCAGAAGACAGAACUCUUGAUAAAGACAAGUGCCAGGACGUGAUCGGCCUCAACUUCUGGUUCGAUGAACUCCACUGGCGGAUAUCCAAGGGCUACUUUCUCCAGCCUUCUCUUGUGACAGUUAUUGUUCCAUGA